AGCCGGAGCCGGAGCCGGAGCCGAUGGAGCUCGACCCGGAGGCCCAGGCCGAGCUGGAGAAGAAGCAGGCCGCCGAUGCCCUCAAGGCCCGGGGGACGGAGGCCUACAAGAGCCGGGACUUCGCCACUGCCCUCAGCCUCUACAAGCAGGCGUGGGACACUUACCCGAAGGAUGUGGCCUACCUGGGGAACCAGUCUGCCGUGCACUUUGAGACCGGGGACUUUGAGGAGUGCAUCCGGGUGUGCCUGCAGGCGGCCGACCUGUCGACGGAAAUCCGCACGGAUUACGCGCUGCUGGCGCGGAUCCUGGCUCGCGCUGGCAAUGCCGCCCUCAAGCUGGAUCGCCUGGAGGAUGCCAUCGAGUACUUCAAGCGUGCGCAGACCAACUCCCGCAACCGCCAGGUGGCCAUCCAGAUCCAGGAGACCACCAAGAAGCUGGAGAAGCGCCGCGCCGAGGCCUACCUGAGCCCGGAGAUCUCGGACCAGGAGCGCGAGCGGGGCAACGCCCUGUUCAAGGACUCCAAGUUCAAGGAGUCGGUUGACGCCUACAGCGAGGCCAUCAAGCGCAAUCCCAAGGACCCGCGCAACUGGUCCAACCGGGCUGCCUCCUUCAUCAAGCUCAUGGCCCCGAAUGAGGCCCUGCGCGAUUGCGAGGAGGCCCUGAAGCUGGAUCCCACCUUCAUGCGCGCCCACCAGCGCAAGGUCAAUGCCCUGAUGAUGAUGAAGAAGGAGGCCGAUGCCCUGACCGCCAUCAGCGAGGCCAUGCAGGCCGACACCUCCGGUGCCAGCCACCCGCAGUUCAUGCAGCUCCGCAUGCAGGCCCUGACCGAGAUCAACCGCCAGUCCCAGGCUGACCCGGAGGCCGUCAAGCAGCGCAUCGCCAACGACCCUGAGAUCCAGGGGAUCCUCAACGACCCGACCAUGCAGCUGAUCCUCCAGCAGGCGUCCACCGACCCGGCUGCCCUGCACGAGCACAUGAAGAACCCCACCGUGGCCAACAAGAUCAACAAGCUCAUUGCCGCGGGUGUCAUCCGCACGGGCUAGAGAUCCCCCGCCGAGCCGGUGGGAGUGUACAUACACACGCACAACCACAUAUAUGCACAUACGCACACGUACACGACCGGAGAGAGGUGUCUUGCCCUCCCACGGGGGGGGGGGGCGGGGCACAGGUGCAUGGUUUGUUGCUUUUGGGUGUCGCCCCCUUUCUCCCUCCCGUGUCUGCUCCUCCCCUCCCUUGCUCCCUUUUCAUUCCUCACAGUGCCGCGCACAAUACACCCCCCCCCCUCACA